AUGAUGUUCCCUCUGCUUUUUAUGUUUCAGGCUCUGCAGUAUUCCAGUUCUGUCUACUCCUUUGACCAUUCUCACUGUUCUACAAAGACAGGAGUCAGUGUGUACAAGGGUGGGGAUAUGGUGGUUGCUGCAUUUUUCCCACUGCACACUAUUGUAUAUGAUUCCAUCACUGAAGAUGUAAGCAGUAACAGCCUCUAUCAUCAGUUAAAUAUAAAUAACUACCAGAUUGUUCUGGCAAUGGUUUUUGCCAUUGAGGAGAUCAACAUGAACCCUCAUCUUUUACCCAAUGUGUCUCUGGGGUAUGAUAUCUAUAAUGUCCUGUAUAGUGAAUGGUCGACAUUGGAUAGAUGCAUCACAUGGCUAUCAGGGAAGAAAUAUAUAAGUAAUUACAACUGCAGGAAAGAAAUGAAGUCUGUUGCUGUACUCUCAGGAGUAUCCUGGAUAAUAUCUGCCCAGAUAGGAACACUGCUCGGACUCUACAAAUAUCCACAGCUGACCAUUGGGUCUUUUGAUCAUAACCUGAAUAAUCAUGAUCAGUUUCCUAAUCUCUAUCAAAUGGCCUCCAAGGACACAUCUCUGGCCAGUGGCAUUGUCUUAUUGUUGAAUUAUUUCCACUGGAAUUGGGUGGGGUUGAUUGUAUCUGAAGGACAAAAAGGUGUUCAGAUAAUCUCAGACCUGAGGGCAGAAAUGGACAGAAACAGAAUAUGCAUAGAUUUUGUGGAAAUGAUCCCAGUAAGUGAGGUAUCCUUUUUGGCACAGAAACAAUUGAAUCCUACACGGGUUCUGAAAUCAUCAGCAAAUGUGAUCAUCACCUAUGGGGACAGUGACUUUCUGAGAGGCUUCCUGUCUUAUUUAAAGCAGACUUUAGUUACAGGGAAAGUUUGGAUCAUGAACUCAGAAUGGAAUGAUAUCAACCAUUCAAAGCAUUUCAUUUUGCAGUCAUUGCAUGGGAGCCUCAUUUUCUCACAUCACCACAAAGAACUCUCUGGUUUCAGAAAUUUUACCCAAACACUUCACCCUUCCAAAUACCCAGAAGAUUUUUACCUUCAAAGGUUCUGGUUCUACUUUUUUAACUGCUCAUUUGCUGACAAUGACUGUACUACAAUUGAGAACUGUGUGCCUAAUGUUUCCUUGCAUGACUCACCUAACAACCAUUUUGAUAAGGUCAUGACCGAGUAUGCUUACAAUACAUACAAUGCUGUGUAUGCUGUGGCCCAUGGCCUUCAUGAGAUGCUUCUUCACCAAGUAGAAGUAAAACCAUUAAGAAAGGCAGAAGAAUUGAUGUUUUCAGCCUGGCAGCUGCACCCUUUUCUAAAAGACAAGCAGUUUACUAAUCAUGCUGGAGAACAAGUGAAUUUGAAUGAGAAAAUGAAACUGAAUGCAGAGUAUGACAUUCUCAACUAUUGGAACUUUCCAGAAGGUCUAGGACUUAAAGUAAAAGUUGGACAGUUUUCCCCAUAUAGUCCACUUGGUCAACAAUUAUCUUUAUCUGAGGACAUGAUAGAAUGGGCCACAGGAAUUACAGAGACUCCCCAGUCUGUCUGCAGUGAAAGUUGUAGUCCUGGAUUCAGAAAAUCCCUCCCAGAAGGAAAUGUGGCUUGUUGUUUUGACUGCACUCUGUGUCCAGAGAAUGAGAUUUCCAAUGAGACUG